AGCCCGUUAUCAGAAACGCACAAAAACUCACUUAUUUUUUUCUCGAUUUCUCCUUGAAAAAGGGUUCAAUUCCGAUUCCAAAAUUGAAGUUUCUCUGCCAAUUUCUAGGCUGCCAAUUAGGGUUCUCAUUUUUUCAAAGGUCUAAGGCGUAAAAAGUUGAAGAAAGCUAUGAUAUUAAACUUAAGCAUUGUCUAAUAAGAAUGCCGGGCAUUCCUUUAGUGGCUCGUGAAACCUCCUCCUAUUCAAGAAGCACGGAUCAGAUGUGUCGAGAAGAUUCCCGCAUGCAUUUAUCUGCAGAAGAAGAAAUUGCUGCUGAAGAGAGUCUAUCUAUUUAUUGCAAGCCUGUAGAACUCUAUAACAUCCUUCAAAGACGCGCUGUAAGAAAUCCAUCAUUUCUUCAAAGAUGUUUGCAUUACAGAAUUCAGGCCAAACAAAAAAUGAGAAUACAAAUGACUGUGUCCAUAUCACGGACUCUGGAUGAAGGUGUACUAAGUCAAAGUCUUUUUCCUCUAUACAUCUUGUUGGCGAGGCUAGUUUCCGAUGUUGCAGCUCCGGAGUAUUCUGCGGUUUAUCGUUUUCGUCGGGCAUGUAUCUUGACUAGCUUCACUGGCAUUGAGGGCUGUAAUCAAGCUCAAGCAAAUUUUGUUCUCCCUGAGAUUAAUAAGCUAGCUAUGGAGGCCAAGUCCGGCUCACUUGCCAUUUUGUUUGUCAGCUUUGGUAUGCAUUUCUUGGAUCCUUUACAUGCAGCAAAUGGUGGUGGAUGCUGCCUAUGGGGUAGGAUACCAUUGGAAUCACUAUAUUUAUCAUGGGAGAAAUCCCCAAACUUGAGUUUGGGACAAAGAGCUGAGAUGAUAUUACCUCUUGACAUGCAUUCAUGUUUAUUGAAGUCAAAUUGUUUGGAUGAGGACAACUGCAUCUUAAUACAAAGUUCCAGCAAUUCUUUCUCAAUGAACCAAUCUCAGCAGCUGCAGGUCAUCAUUUCUGCUGAGGAGGUUGGGGCAAAGGAAAAAUCUCCCUAUAAUUCAUAUACAUGCAGUGGUGUUUCUUCUUCAUCGCAGUCUCAUAUUACUCGGUUGAGAGCAGGGAAUGUCAUCUUUAAUUACAGAUAUUACAACAACAAGUUACAGAGGACUGAAGUAACUGAAAACUUCUCUUGUCCUUUCUGCUUGGUAAAAUGUGCAAGCUUUAAGGGUUUGAGGCAUCACUUGCCAGCAUCCCAUGAUCUCUUCAAUUUUGAAUUUUGGGUAACUGAAGAGUAUCAAGCUGUUAAUGUGUCAGUCAAAACUGAUAUGUGGAGAUCUGAGAUUGUUGCAGAUGGUAUUGAUCCUAGACAACAGACUUUUUUCUUUUGCUCAAAGCAGUUAAGGCGUAGACAACUGAAGAGCCUUGUUCAAAAUGCAAGGCAUGUACAUCCUGUUUUCUUAGAUUCAAAUCCGCUGGCAGGAGGCUGUGAGCGUCUUGACAAGGCUCAUGGUGGAAACAUUUUACAAAAUGCUAGAAUUGGUGCUGUGGAGUGUGCGCAACAUCUUCCGUCCAGUUUCAAUGUUGCCGGGGCUUCAGGUGCUGCAGGACAAUCACAUUCUGAUUCUGAACGUUUUCAAUCAGUGUCUGGAAACAAUCUUGCACCCCCUGCCUUGUUGCAAUUUGCCAAAACAAGAAAGAUAUCGAUGGAACGUUCUGAUCCAAGGAACCGCACACUCCUUCAGAAGCGACAGUUUUUUCACUCACAUAGAGCACAGCUAGCUGUCUGUGGAAGGCAUAUGAAAUGGAGUGAGGGCUGUGGUUCUGGUUUUCCCUAUGAGAUAUGUUGCGUGCCAAUGGCGAUAGAUCAAGUAAUGUCUGACAGAGACAGUGAGGAUGAGGUUGAUGAUGAUGUUGCAGAUUUUGAAGAUCGAAGGAUGCUUGAUGAUUUCGUAGAUGUAACCAAAGACGAGAAGCAAAUAAUGCAUUUGUGGAACUCAUUUGUGAGGAAGCAAAGGGUGUUGGCAGAUGGUCAUAUUCCAUGGGCAUGCGAAGCAUUUUCAAAAUUACAUGGGCGUGAUCUUGUCAAAGCCCCAGCUCUCAUCUGGUGUUGGAGAUUAUUCAUGAUCAAGUUGUGGAAUCACGGUCUCCUUGAUGCCCGAACCAUGAAUAAUUGUAAUAUCAUUCUGGAACAAUUCCGAAAGCCGGAUUCGGAACCUAUUAGAGGCUGAAGAGCUAUAAUUUUUGCUUCCUUUUUGGUAAACAAUCAUGAUGCAUAAAUGUUGCUCACCCCCAUUUGUAUAAUGGUCGAUGACCUUGAGCUCUUAUAUGCCACCAAGGCUUAAGCCAACUGUACUGCUUUAGUUUUGUACAAUCAACUGGUAUCCAUGAACAAACAAAAAUGUCCGAUACUGCAAUACACUUGUCUAUGAUCCAAUUUGGUUUUUGGUUUUGGGCAAAAAAAAUUUAAAAUCUAUGCUCGA